CAGAGUGCAUCUACACCAGAGGCGCCCGCGUGUGAUUUUUUCGUUUCCGACUUUUUUGAGGAAUUUUGUGGCAUUUUCGCGUGAAAAGUGCAGGAAAACGGUGCGAAAAGUAAAGUUAAGGCGUUAAAGAGGGAAACUACGUUGAAGGUUCACGAGAAAAUUGCAAAGGGAAAGCGUGGGAGUGGGGAGAAAAGAAAGUGGACCUCGGAUGGGGAUGAUUGAACUCCAUUGCGAUUUUUUUUGAGUUGCGGUGCAUUUUGUGGGGGCUAGAAAAUUGCUGAAUCAGGGGGAUGACGCUCUUUGUCACGCACGUGGAAACAGCCACGGGGGGCUUCUUCCUCCGUAUCUACGGGCAAACGGAUCAGGAUGAGGCGGUGAAGAUUGAAACGAACAUCCAGGAAAUUGUGAGCAAUCAGCGAAAGACCUUCCGUCCGGAUGAGCUGCAAGCGGGGCUACGGUGCCUGACACGCUACGAGGAUGGGCUGUACUAUCGGGCCAAGAUUGUCCGGAUUGUGGACAGAGAUUUGGUCUUGGUCCACUUUAUUGAUUACGGGAAUUCAGCCACGGUUCACUUUCGUGAGCUACUUUCGCUGCACACCAAGUCACAGCAGGCAAUCUACCUAAUGGGUACAGCCCCGCAGGCUCAUGAGUACUUGCUGGCACGCAUCUCCGGGGCAUGGAGUCAGGAGGAUCUUACCAGCAUUAGGAACGAGAUUUGCAAUGAUUCGCACACGUAUCACGUGGAAGACAAGAUUGAUCGCAUUCCAAUAAUAGGCUUGUUGUACAAGAAUUACGACUACAGUCAGUAUUUGAUUGAGAAACGCCUGUUGGGGGUUUUUAUCUCAGUGAAAAAUCAAAAGGAAACCCUUCAGGCGGGAAAAUUGGUGACCUCACCACCACAUACGGGCACAAAGCCAAUUCCGGAGAAGAUUGAGAAUCUCGCCAAUAUGCGCUACCUCCAAUCGUCGGGGGUGACAAAGAAGAAUCUCGACAUGUCCAUAAAGGCGCCGCCGCCCGCAUCGACAAAUCCAUUCCUCCCAACGGGACAAAGCUCACCGCAGACGCCAAAGAUGACGACAAAUCGACUGGGCAAAGUGCCCGACAUGACGUCACCCACGUCCUCAGGAUCAUCCGCACCAAUGGAGAAGAUCCUCCGGCAGCUCGUCUUGCCGGUUCAUUCAUUCUACGAAGUCACCUGUUCGCACGUUGAGGACGGGUAUCGCCUGUUCUCGGUGCAGCUCAAGCAGAAGGAUGCAGAGUUGCGAAAAUUGAUGGCUGACCUCGCACAGACACCUCUGCAUCAGCUUCAGGCACAACCAAAGCUCGGUAUGGCGUGCAUUGUGCGUCACGAUAAAACACAUCGUCUCUACCGCGGAGUCAUUACAAACAUUAUGCCCACAUCGUGUGUUGUGUACUUUGUGGACUUUGGCAUUACGGAUAACAUUGCCUGUGGGAAUCUCUUUGAUAUCCCACCGCACUUUCUACGCUUCAAAAUGUUCUCCGUUAAGUGCACACUGUCCAAUUGCGAUGAAUUGGAGGAUAAAUUCACCCUAAAAGACUUUUUUCAGCAACUUAUUCUGGGCAAGGAUCUCCGGAUGAAGGUUAUGCCGUCACAAGGAUCCUCCUUUGUCCUCUGCUGUGAACUCUACAUGAACAACAAGAACAUUAUGGAUGAGCUGAAGUCCAUUCAAAUGUUUGGGUUGCAGUAUCAGCCAACGAUUAGGCUCUCUGGUGACUUCCAGGGCCCCGUAAUUGUGAGGUACGUUGACUCACCGAAGAAAUUCUACGUUCAGCUCAUUGCUAAUAUCGCCGAUCAUGAUGUUUUGAUGGAUAAACUCUCGAUAAGUUGCCAGAAGAAUGGGAAGCGUCUCACAGAUCUCAGGCCGGGUAUUUUGUGCUCUGUCUCCGUUGAUAAUGAUGUUGAUUGGUAUCGUGGGAAGGUGAUUGAAGUGAAGGCGUCGGAGAAGAAAGUUUCCGUCCAAUUGGUUGAUUAUGGGAAGAUUAUCGAUGUUCCUCCGUCGUCAUUGCGUGAGAUUGGCUAUCAAUUCACGCAGAUGCCACCACAGGUGUAUGAGUGUUGCAUUAAGGGUUUUGAGAAUAUGCACGAUGUGACGGAAUCAUCGGCAAAUGCCUUUGAAAUGCUCGUGGAGGAUGCAAAGGGUGAACGGAAGACCCUAAAUAUGCACAUUGUGGACUUUCUGACGGAGGAGACGCUCCUUGUGAAUCUCUUUGAUAACACCCAGAUGCCUCCGGUGAACAUUUCAAAGAGUCUGUGCAAAUCACAAAUGCCCUACAAGGAUUAUGUGAAUAUGUUUGAGAAGAAACCUCAAGGUCCAGCGCGAAAACGUGAGAGUUUUGGGAGGAAUGAGAUUAUUGCCACGGAACCAGCUCCCUUUGAGCACGGGGCCAAUUUCUCCACAUCAAGCGACGUUGAGACGUACCAACAGAGAUUGGGGGAGAGUACGGUUAUGUGGGAGAAUGGGAAUGUCUCGUCGGAUCGUUCAAAUGAGAACGAUGGCGGGAGGAUGCGUCCAAAUGGUGGAGAUCGUCGUCAAAAGGACACCGAAAAAUCCAAUCCGUCCGACAAGAGGAACAACAAUUACCCCGAGAAGCCUGGAAAGCGCCAAUUUGCAGACAAUCCAAAGGGACAUAAUGCAGCAUUUUCUGCCAACAAAAGCAAUCAGCGUUUUGCGAAAAACAGCAAGACGAAAGGAUUUGAACGACGCGAUAAUCAAGGAAGAGAUGCAAAGCCACAUGAGAGGGAUCGUGGUGGGAGUGAUCGUGGCAGUGAUCGGGGAAGCGAUCGUGGAAGUGAUCGUGGAAGUGAUCACGGGAAUAAUCGGGGAGAACGUGGAUUCGAUCGUGGGGGUGAUCGUCCAAAUGAUCGUAAUGAUCGUGGAGAUCGUGGUGAUCGCGGUGAUCGUAUUGAUCGCGGUGAUCGUGGAGAUCGCAAUGAUCGUGGUGAUCGCAAUGAUCGUGGACGUGAACGUGCUGAUCGUGGAGCCGAUCGUGGCGAACGUGGACCACGUCAGCCCUUCAAAGGCAACGCAAGGGAACCCAGGCAGCCUCAGGCAAAUAAUCAUGCCGAAAAUUCAAAUGAAAAAGACUGGAAUGCGAGCACUGCUCCGCCACCGGAACUAAAGACUGUUGAAAGUAUUGUGUCCUCAGGCACAGACUACAAGUCCCCUGAAAUUGCCUUUAAUACGGAUUUUGAGGUAAUUUUUACGUGGUGGACAGACCCUGAGGAAUUCUAUGUGCAGCUCAAGGUGCAUCGCAAUGAGUACGAGGCUAUGAUGAAGGACAUUCAGGACUUUUAUCGCGAUAAAAAGUCCAUCGGGGUGACGCACUAUGAGACUGGUUGGUGCGUCGUGGCGCGCAAUAGUCGAGACAAUUUGCUCUCUCGUGCCAAAGUUUUUGACUACAACAAAAUGCUCAAUAAGUAUAAAGUUAUCUUUGUGGAUAAGGGCUACCGCGGUGUGGCGACGCCCGAUGCAAUGUGGCCAAUGACGGAGAAAUUCAUGCAGCUCCCAACAAUGGCUAUUCGGUGCUCUCUGGCCAAUAAUAUUGUGCUGGAGUUUGAGCGUCAGGAUAUUUUUACGCAAAUCAGCAACUAUGUGAAUGAUAACAUGGCAAUUAAGUGUCGUUUCAAUGAAGUUCACAGCGGUAUUUAUCAUGUCAAUGUGACGGUGGAACGGGGAGAUUUCCUCGAGGCACUGAUUAAGGAUGGCCUCGUGAAGGUGCCGAAGGAGAAGGAAGCACCAGCCGUGCUCGCUGAGAACAUAAUUGUCAAUGUGAGUCUCCUGCAUGGCCAGACGAUUCGUGUGCGUAUGGCGAAUGUGGAGAGUCUGGAGAAGUUUCAGGUGAACUUUGAGCAUUCUGACAUUCACCUUCCGGCCACGUACUACGACAUUAACUGCGGACAGAUUCUCAUAAAGAAGAUGGGGGAGCAGCUGAAGAAGCUCGAGGGAACCUACUGCAAAGUUUACGUUGUUGGCAUUGCUGAAAAUGAUGUCCUCCGCUUGAAGAUCCUAUCGCGAGUUUUCCUGGAGGAGCCACCCCUCAUCUGCCCACAGGCUAUCUUCCAGAGCUCCUUCUCAGCUAUUGUACCUUUUGUGGAGUCCCUCAAUGUGGUUUAUGUGCAGAAAAUUGAAUUUUCCGAACUCCUCACGCAGCAAAUUGACGAAAUGUUCUCCUACUACGAAUCUGAGGAUUCCCAUUCGUAUCUACGCUUUGACGUGGCCCUCAAGGGAAUUUAUGCCGUCAAGAGUCCAUCGGAUGCAAAUUGGUAUCGCGGUGAAGUGCUGACGAUUAAUGGGGAUGAAAUAACGGUGAAGUACAUUGAUUAUGGGAACAAGGAGGUGGUUAAAGUGGAGAAUUUGCGUUUCCUCACGGCGCAAUUUAGUCAGGCAAGUAGCUAUGCUACACGGGUCUUCCUGAUGGCCGAGCCAAUGGAUCCGGAUGGUGCGGAGAAGGCCACAGAGGCACUGAGUGAGUUGAUUUUGAAUAUUUUGCCGAGUAUUCACUUCCUCAAGGAUUAUCGGGGUGAAUGGAUUGUUGAAUUGUCGGCAAAUGGGUGCAAUGUUGUGGAUGAGCUGGAGCGAAAGGGUUUGGCGCGUCCGACAGAUAUGGGGAAUGUUUUUGCGAUGAUUGACAAGAGGGAUGAUCUGCGGGAGCCUCAGGGGCAAGUGGAAGGGAUUUCUGCCUACAUGACGCACAUUUCACACCCAAAUAGCUUCUAUUUGCAACAUAAUGCCGAUUUGGAUGCAAUUGAGGCACUUCAGGCGUCAAUUCAGUGUGUUGCCACGUCCCUACCGAAGGUAACGCAGCCGGAAGUGGGACAACUCUGCCUGGGGUUGUUCUCAAUUGAUGAACAAUGGUACAGAGCGAGAAUUCUCGAUACAGAUGGGGAUGUAACGAGUGUGAAGUACAUUGAUUACGGGAAUACGGAUGUAAUUACAAAUGCUGAGCAUCUAAGGGAGAUUUCUGAUGCUUUUGAGGGUAUUCCAGCCUAUGCAAGACGUUGUUCUCUCCCUCUAACGCCCAAGGGGGUAGCACAUCAAGAUGAUUGGGCAGGAGAAGUUGUGGAGAUAAUGCAGAAAAUCUUUCAAGAUCAAUCCGUUCGUUACACGGAAAUCUCCGAAUCUGAUGGGUUGAUGUUUGUGCAUUUGUACACGGAGGAGGGUACAAGUGCAGAGGAGAUUUUCCUGAAGAAAUCCCUCGCAGAGCCAUUGAGUAUCAUUGAAGCGCAUUCAAUUGGCUUUGUGAGUCACAUAAAUAGCAUUGGAGACUUUUUUAUUCAGCUGGAGAAGGAUGCAGAUGAUUUGUACGCAAUAAGUGAUGCAUUGAUUGUGGUUGGAGCUGGUGGGGGUGAUGUGCGUGAGCCGGAAGAGGGGAAGAUGUAUGCGGCAUUAUUUCCGGAUGAUAAUUUGUGGUAUCGCGCAAAGUUGGUGCAUUCAGUGGCACAGCAACUUGAGGUGAUUUUUGUGGAUUAUGGGAAUACGGCCAUAACGAAUGCAAUUAAGGAGCUUCCGGAGAAGAUUGCAGCGAUGCCCAUUUUGUCCAAGAAGUGCUCCCUGGAGGCACCGCAGGGGGGGAAGAAGUGGUCAGAGGAGGCUGAAAAGAAAUUCACAGAUCUGGCGCAAGAUGGGGCAACGAGUUUUGAGAUUAUCCCUCUUGCUCUGGGGGAGACAACGAGGGUACGUCUCCUUCAUGAGGGGCGCAAUGUGGUGGAGAUGCUUCAGGAAGGAGAAAAUUCCGUAAUUGAUCUCACGGAUUACACCGAAGCAAGCCAGGAGAAGAUAGAAGGAAAUCUCAUGGAGGAAGAUCCCAAAAAUGAAGAAGUUCCAGCAAAAAUUACCGUUGCCAACACUCCGGGAGAUUUCUACAUUCAUCUCACUUCCGACGAUGCCCGCCUGCAGCAAUUGCUGGAACAUUUGGAGAAUCCUCAACUUACCGCCGUGUCCGGAAGGGAAAUUUCCACGCUGUGUGCGGCAAAAUAUUCCGAAGAUGGCUGCUAUUACAGAGCAAAGAUUGAAGCUCCGGAGGAUGAUGAGAAAUUCCGCGUAUUCUUCAUUGAUUAUGGGAAUACGAGUGUGACGAGUGAUCUGUUUGAGUUGUCACAGGAAAUGCAGGCAAUUGAACCUCUUGCAGUGCAUUGUGCUCUUGCAGGGAAGGCCCCCAGUGAGUGGACAGAGGGGGAAAAGGAGGGAUUCCUCAGGAUUCUCAAGGAGGUGAAUUGUGAUGAGCAAAUCUUCCAAAUUGUCUUUGUUAAUCGCACUACAACACCGGCUCUUGUUAAGCUCUUCCUCAAUGGGCAGGAAAUUAACCUUAAGGAGGAGGAGCAGGAGGAACAGCCAGUUGUCAAUGGAGCUGCUGCUUCGAUGACUUCCGAAGAUUCCGUGGAACAAUCAGCAGCAACGGAGGAAUCGCGAAAACUUCUCGAGGACAUUGUGGACAAUGGGAUUGUUGCGCAUGAAAUUCUCGAUGGAAUUGUGGAGAAUGGGAUGAUUGCCAAGGAAAUCAUUGAAUCAUCUCUCACACAAGCCACACUGGACAGCGCAUCGGAUGAAUCCAUCCCCGAACUGAACAAAAGCGAGUCAAUCAUUGAGCAAUCUUCGCAAUCUCUUCCCUCAAAAGUCUCAUCAAGCGCCCAAAGUGAGGGAAUCUACACAAAUGGCGUGAAGGAUUAAACCGAAGAAGGAAGAAAAAAGUUAAAAAGGCGCCAAAUAAAUAAAAGGAGAGCCCCUCCCUCCCCUAAAUCCAAGUGAUUCAACAUUUAAUGAUAUUUUUUAUAUAAAAAAAAAGUUAUUUUAUUUACCAAAUUUACUAAUCAUUAACUAUUCAUACCAUUCACAAUACAUAACUUGAAGUACUCUUUGUUCCUCUUUUUUUUUCUUUUUUGAUAUUUUUUGAAUUAUCAUACUCCCUACACUCCCCACCACCCUCAUGUGGCAAAAAGAAAAAAAAAACUUAAUGUUAUUUUGAAUUCGAAACGAAAUAAAAUAUUAUCAUGAAAUCAUUGAAA